AUGGCUCUUACGUUACCACUUCACGUAGCGGCAAGCGUGCAACGUUGUUGUUCAAACCAAGCUUGUACUUCGAAAUUUACCGAUGAAAUUAUCAAGCUAGUUAUAAACAAAGCAUCUUUGUUUGAUGUGUUCAAAUGGCGACAAAUAUCAAAGGGAUUUCAAAGAGCAGUUGAGGAACGACUGGAUACGUAUACAAUGAUUGAUAUUAAAGUAUAUAGUGGUUUGAGACAUUUGCGCAACAAAGCUAGUGCAGAAUCAGAAUAUGAUUGGCAUCCAUCUUUGGCUUUGAUGAUUGUAGAAUUAGAGCCAAACCAUCUUGGUAUUGCUGUUGAUUCGGAAUUGAAAGCUAGUAAUGUAACCGCUCUCUUACGUCUUCUGUUCUCACUUCGGCUUAAAACCGAGCAGUUAUUCAUUGACAGUCCAAUUAUUGAAUUAGUAGUUGCACAGAUCAAUAAAGAGCAAAUAAAUAUGCUUAUUGAGAUGGUUAGUCAUUCACGAAAUACAACUCGCUGCCGAAACACGAUGCAUAACCAGAAGUUGCAGCUUACAACUUGUCAUCCUAUAUAUUUUCCUGAAACACCAUUUUUUCCAAAUCUCAAGAAAUUAUCAAUCACAUCGAAAACAAGCCAGAUGCAGCAUCUUUCUCGGCUGCUUAGUUAUGCGGUAACUGUAGAUUUGCUCUAUUAUGUUGAGCAAAUGGAUCUCUUGUGUUUGAAAAUUCUAAUGGGUAAUGCUUGGGCGCGACCUACUCGAUUUCGUUUAUUCAGGCAUUUAACUCGAUUUAAUAUCCUUUUCAGAUUUAGGCAAUGGACCGAAGCUGAUGUGCUCGGUGAACGUUAUUUUCAGCAAUUUGGUACUACACGUAGACGUGUGAGAAGUUUGUCUUCUCAUUUGGUGUAG